CACUGUCCACAUAUUCAGCUGGAUGGUGAUGAUUAAAAUGAUUUCCUAUCGACUAAUGGGGAUUUUGCUGUCAUUGUUAAUGUUUGUCUCACACGUCGUUUCGCAUGGAGUGAAAGGCGACAGCAGUGUGACGGUUGCACAAAUCAAUGUGCAAGUUUCUGUUGGAGGGAAUAGUACAUCAAGCGGUUUAAUGUCGAAAACAAUGGUGGGAAUAAAAGGAGAGAAAGGAGACCGUGGAAAAACAGGUUGGCCUGGAAGACCAGCACCAGAGAACAAAUGCAGCUGCAACUGCUGUUCGCGUCUGGAGGAAAUAGAAGAAAAACUGUCAAAUCUGACUGAAGUGGUCAAUCAGUUGCAGUCACAAUAUACAGACAAUAAAACAAGUUACACAAGUUGUCAAGAGGCUAAACAGUUAGGCCAACUGCUAAGCGGCGUGUACACUUUGGACCUUGGAGAUGGAUUGGACUCGUUUCAAGUGUACUGUGAUAUGUCGACGGACGGUGGUGGCUGGACAGUGUUUCAGAGACGCCAGGACGGUUCUGUCGACUUCUACCGCGGAUGGUCUGACUACAAAAACGGAUUUGGAGACUUGAAUAGAGAAUUCUGGUUGGGAUUAGACAAAAUACACAGAUUGACAAAGCAGGCACAGACUCUUCGUAUAGAUCUAAUGGAUUUCAGUGACAGUCGAGUACAUGCUCAAUACGCAGGAUUUCAGAUAAGUAACGAGUCGAGUAAAUAUUCUCUGACCUUUACAUCAUACAGUGGAAAUGCAAGCGAUUCAUUAGCAUAUCACAAUGGAAUGGCCUUUACAACUAAAGACAGCGACAAUGACAAGUAUAAUAGCAACUGCGUCACUUUGUCUAAAGGAGCUUGGUGGCACAAAAGUUGUUUUUAUUCUAACUUGAAUGGUCUCUACUUUAAAAAUGAAAGGUUUAGUAACUCCGAGGGAAUCAAUUGGAAUACUUGGCAGUCCAACAUUUCUCUCAAAUUUACAGAAAUGAAAUUGCGUGUUAGUUCGUAAAUGACAUCUAUUGCUACUUACAAAGCGUUUACGCUGACUCAAUACAUAUUUUAGCACAGAACGCACGAUACUGUAAGUUAAGUUGCAACAGCAUCAGAUAAAAUAAAGCUUGUUUGUGUUUGCGCCAGUUA